AUGGGGAUUUGCUCGAGUGCUCAGGUGAAAGCUGAGAGUCCAGCUGUAAGUCCAAAGUACAUGAAUUCUGACACCAAAGAUACUGGAAAUCUUGGGAGUAAAGCUUCAUCUGUGUCUGUAAGACCAAGCCCUAGAACCGAGGGUGAGAUCUUACAGUCUCCAAACCUCAAGAGUUUCAGCUUUUCAGAGCUUAAAUCCGCAACCAGGAAUUUCAGACCAGACAGUGUGCUUGGUGAAGGUGGAUUCGGUUGUGUCUUCAAAGGAUGGAUUGAUGACAAGUCUCUCACUGCCACAGGACCAGGAACCGGUUUGGUUAUUGCUGUUAAAAAGCUUAACCAAGAUGGUUGGCAAGGUCACCAGGAGUGGCUGGCUGAAGUGAACUACCUUGGCCAGUUUUCUCAUGGACAUCUUGUGAAACUGAUUGGUUAUUGUCUAGAGGAUGAGCAACGUCUUCUUGUUUACGAGUUCAUGCGUCGUGGUAGCUUGGAGAAUCAUCUUUUCAGGAGGGGUUUGUAUUUCCAGCCUUUAUCUUGGAAACUACGGUUAAAAGUUGCUCUUGGAGCUGCAAAGGGACUUGCUUUUCUUCACAGUUCCGAGACAAGAGUUAUAUACCGUGACUUCAAGAGUUCUAACAUCCUUCUUGAUUCGGACUACAACGCUAAACUUUCUGAUUUUGGGUUGGCUAAGGAUGGGCCAGUAGGUGAUAAAAGUCAUGUCUCUACACGGGUCAUUGGUACUCACGGAUAUGCAGCUCCUGAAUACCUUGCAACCGGUCAUCUAACAACAAAGAGUGAUGUCUAUAGCUUCGGUGUUGUCCUUCUGGAGCUCUUGUCAGGUCGCCGAGCUGUGGACAAGAACCGACCAUCAGGAGAGCGGAACCUAGUAGAGUGGGCUAAACCAUACCUUGCAAACAAACGAAAAAUAUUCAGAGUCAUCGACACUCGUCUUCAAGACCAAUACUCAAUGGAAGAAGCAUGUAAAGUAGCAUCUCUCUCUCUGAGAUGUCUCGUCAAAGAGAUUAAGCUUAGACCAAACAUGAGCGAGGUAGUUUCACACCUUGAACACAUUCAGUCUUUGAAUAAUGCUAGAGGAGGGAUUAUUGAUAGAACAGAGAGGAGAAUGCGUAAGAGAAGUGAUAGCGUUGUCUCCAAGAAACCUAAUGCUGGUUUUGCUCGAAAGACCGCGGUGGGGAGUACACUUGUUGCUUAUCCUCGUCCUUCAGCCUCGCCACUAUAUGUCUGA